AUGGCACAUCUUGUGCUUUCUUCUUCUUCUUCUUUUUCUGUUAUCUCAUUUCUUCUUCUCUCGUCUCUGUUUCAAUUUUCGACCGAAGCCAUCAAACAGUCUUACAUUGUCUAUUUGGGAACACAUUCGCAUGGUCCGAACCCCACCACGCUCGAUCUCGAUACUGCUACUAAUUCACAUUACAGUUUGCUCGGAACAUACUUGGGAAGCGAGGAGAAGGCGAAAGACGCCAUUUUUUACUCGUACAAUCGAUAUAUCAACGGCUUUGCUGCGGUCAUGGAUGAGGCAGAAGCUUCUGAGAUUGCAAAGCAUCCGAAUGUGGUAUCGGUUUUCUUGAACAAAGCCAAGCAUCUUCACACCACUCACACAUGGGAUUUUCUUAGAUUGGAAAGAAAUGGUGUCAUCUCUAAGGAUUCCCUAUGGAGCAGAGCUCGGUUCGGCGAAGAUACCAUUAUUGGAAACCUCGACACUGGUGUUUGGCCUGAAUCGAAGAGCUUUAGUGAUGAAGGGAUUGGACCCAUUCCAUCGAGAUGGCGUGGGAUCUGUCAGCGCGGUGUCAACGAUGGAUUUCGCUGCAACAGGAAGCUUAUAGGAGCAAGGUACUUUAAUAAAGGAUAUACUUCCUAUCUUAAGACUCAAAACAUCACCUUCUCCCUUAGACAAAACUCCACUCUAUUCACUGUUCGAGACCAUGGUGGCCAUGGCACCCACACCCUUUCAACAGCUGCUGGUAACUUUGUUCCAGGUGCAAAUGUUUUCGGCAAUGGAAAUGGCACUGCAAAGGGUGGAUCCCCGAAAGCUCGGGUGGCUGCAUACAAGGUGUGCUGGACACCAGUUGAUGGCAAUGAGUGCUUUGACUCGGACAUUAUGGCUGCCUUUGAGGCUGCAAUUGCUGAUGGGGUUGAUGUGCUUUCAGUCUCACUUGGUGGUGGUACUACUGAAUUUUUUGAAGAUGGUAUCGCCGUUGGUGCUUUCCAUGCUGCUAAGAAUGGCAUUACUGUUGUUGUCUCAGCUGGAAAUUCAGGACCACUUCCAGCCUCCGUUUCAAAUGUUGCUCCAUGGAUGUUAACAGUUGGAGCAAGCACAGUUGACAGAGAAUUCAGCGCUUAUGUUUCUCUGGGGACCAAAAGACACAUCAAGGGCGAAAGCCUUUCUGCCUAUGCUUUGCCAGUUCAAAAAUUCUAUCCUUUGAUUAGUGGUGCUGGUGCUAAAUUAGCGAAUGCAUCAGCUUCUAACGCGCUGCUAUGUAUGCCUAAAACUCUUGACCCAGCAAAGGUGAAAGGGAAGAUCUUGGUAUGCCUUAGGGGAGAAAGUGCAAGAAUCGAAAAGGGUGAAGUGGCUGCUCUUGCUGGUGCGGUUGGGAUGAUUUUGGCUAAUGACCUCAGCAGUGGAAAUGAAAUCAUUGCUGAUCCACAUUUUCUCCCUGCUUCUCAUAUCAAAUACUCGGAUGGAAAUUUGGUUCUAAACUACAUCAACUCUACCAAGUCUCCUAUGGCUUAUCUUACUCGCGCAAAGACUGUACUUAACAUAAAACCAGCUCCAUUCAUGGCUGCAUUCUCAUCUAGAGGCCCCAAUAGUAUUGAGCCAUCUCUCCUCAAGCCUGAUAUUACAGCCCCAGGAGUGAACAUCAUUGCUGCAUACACAGAAGCAACUGGUCCAACUGAGGUAGAAAUAGACAAGCGUCGAGUCCCAUUCAAUGUCGAGUCAGGAACUUCCAUGUCAUGCCCUCAUGUUGCUGGUGUUGUUGGUCUUCUAAAAACCCUCCAUCCAGAUUGGAGCUCUGCUGCUAUUAGAUCAGCUAUCAUGACUUCUGCAAGAACAAGAGAUGACAAAAAGCAGCCAAUGCUUGACUCAACCAUGGAAAAGGCAACACCUUUUGCCUAUGGUGCAGGCCAUAUCCAACCAAACCGAGCUAUGGACCCUGGACUCGUUUAUGACUUGAACACUGAUGAUUACUUGAACUUCUUAUGCGCCCGUGGCUACAAUGGAACAGUACUUAAAAUCUUCUCCACCAAUCCAUACAGAUGUCCCAAGUCAACAAGUUUGUUAAACUUCAACUACCCUUCAAUUUCGGUCGCUAGUGUUGGAUCUCGGCCAGUGAUUGUUACUAGAAGAGUUAAGAAUGUUGGCGCGCCAGGAACAUACAGGGCAUUCGUGCGAGCCCCAGCUGGUGUUUCGGCUUAUGUCAAGCCUGCAGUCUUGAAUUUCAGCAAAGUUGGUGAGGAGAAGACAUUUGAGAUUGUUUUGAAGGCUGAGGUUGUUGGAAAGCCUAAGGAUUAUGUGUUUGGGGAGUUGAAAUGGUCAGAUGGGAAGCACAAUGUGAGGAGUCCUAUUGUGGUGAAAGAAAAAGAAAUGAAAGCCAUGGGACAUUGUGUAGUUUCUUCUCUUCUUCUUGUUCAAAUUUUACUUCUUUUCUCUUUGUUUCACUCACCAACCGAAGCCAUUCAAAAGCCUUACAUUGUCUACAUGGGAGCACAUUCCCAUGGCCCGAAUCCUACCUUAGCUGAUUUCGAAAGCGCCACAUCUUUUCAUUACAACUUGCUCGGAUCUUACAUGGGAAGUGAGGAAAAGGCGAAAGAAUCCAUGUUGUACUCGUAUAAUAGAUACAUCAAUGGUUUUGCUGCAGUCCUUGACGAGGCAGAAGCCUCUGAGAUUGCAAAGCAUCCAAACGUAAUAUCGGUUUUCGAAAGCAAACCGAAGAAACUACACACAACCCAUUCAUGGGAUUUCCUUGGUUUGGAGGAAAAUGGGGCUAUUCCAAAGACUUCGAUUUGGAAAAAGGCGCGGUUUGGUGAAAAUACAAUUAUUGGAAACCUCGACACUGGUGCUUGGCCAGAAUCGAAGAGCUUUAGUGAUGGAGGGAUUGGACCCAUCCCAUCGAAGUGGAAAGGAAUCUGUCAAGAUGAUGUCAAAGAUGGAUUUCGUUGUAACAGGAAGCUUAUAGGAGCAAGGUACUUUAACAAAGGCUACUCUAUGUUUCUCAAGGCUGCCAACCAAACUAUAACCCCUGAACUCAACAAAACCAUGUACACUCCUCGAGACCAUGGGGGCCAUGGCAGCCACACCCUAUCCACGGCGGGAGGCAGCUUUGUUCCCGGAGCAAAUGUGUUUAGCAAUGGCAAUGGCACAGCCAAGGGCGGCUCUCCAAAGGCACGCGUGGCUGCGUACAAGGUAUGCUGGGGAGGAGAAAUGUGCUUUGAUGCAGACAUUCUGGCGGGCUUUGAGGCUGCGAUAGCUGAUGGAGUUGAUGUGCUCUCGGUCUCUCUCGGUGGUGCACCUGUCGAGUUUUUUGAAGAUGCCGUUGCAAUUGGCUCUUUUCAUGCUGUUAAGCAAGGCAUUGUUGUGAUUGCCUCAGCCGGCAAUGAAGGGCCCUCUUUGGAGUCAGUUUCUAAUGUGGCACCAUGGUUGAUAACUGUUGGAGCGAGCACCAUUGACCGCGAAUUCACCGCUUUUGUCUCUCUUGGAAAUGGAAAGCACCUCAAGGGUCAAAGUCUUUCCUCCAUACCUUUGCCAUCUCCAAAGUUGUAUCCAUUGAUAAGUGGAGCUGGUGCUAAGUUGGCCAAAGCGAAGUCUUCAGAAGCUUUGCUAUGUAAGCCUAAGACUCUUGAUCCCAAGAAGGUGAAGGGGAAGAUCUUAGUCUGUCUUAGGGGAGAUACUGCUCGAAUCGAAAAGGGUCAACAGGCUGCUCUUGCUGGUGCAGUUGGAAUGAUUUUGGUAAAUGAUCUUAGCAGUGGAAAUGAUGUUAUUGCUGAUCCACAUUUCCUUCCAGCUUCUCAUAUCAAUUACAACAAUGGAAAUUUGGUCUUUAGUUACAUCAACUCAACCAAGUUUCCUAUGGCUUACAUUGCUCAAGCAACGACUGUCUUUGAUGUGAAGCAAUCUCCGUCUAUGGCUGCAUUUUCAUCUAGAGGGCCUAAUUCCAUCGAACCAACUAUCCUCAAGCCUGACAUAACAGCUCCUGGAGUGAACAUCAUUGCUGCAUACACAGAAGCCAGAGGACCAACUGAUGUUGAAUCCGAUCAUCGCCGAGUCCCAUUCAACGUCCAAUCAGGAACUUCUAUGUCAUGCCCUCAUGUUUCUGGAAUUGUUGGCCUUCUCAAAACACUUCAUCCAGAUUGGAGUUCAGCUGCUAUAAAAUCAGCUAUAAUGACAUCUGCCAAAACUAGAGACAGGACUAGAAAGCCUAUUUUGGAUUCAACCAUGGAAAAGGCCACACCUUUUGCCUAUGGUGCAGGUCAUAUCCAACCUAACCGAGCUAUGGACCCUGGACUUGUCUACGACAUAACUUUUGAUGAUUAUUUGAACUUCCUAUGUGCUCGUGGUUACAAUGAAACAACGCUUAAGAUAUUCACUGGAAAACCUUACAGAUGUCCCAAGUCAUUCAGCUUGUUCAACCUCAACUACCCUUCGAUUUCAGUCCCCAGAGUUGGUUCUCGACCGGUGACUAUUACUAGAAGAGUUAAGAACGUUGGCUCGCCGGGAACAUACAAGGCGUUUGUGAGAGCCCCAGUUGGCGUUUCGGUUUAUGUCAAGCCUGCAAUCUUGAAAUUCAGCAGAGUUGGCGAGGAGAAGACAUUUGAGAUUGUUUUGAAGGCUAAGAUUGUUGGAAGGCCUAAGGAGUAUGUGUUUGGAGAGUUGAAAUGGUCUGAUGGAAAGCACAUUGUGAGGAGUCCUAUUACAGUGAAGUUCUAA